AUGGCCGCUGCGCUCUCGCGCAUGCACACUAAAGGGCAAAAUGGACGUUUGUAUCUCGCGGAAGUGCGCAAGAUCCAAGAUGGCCGCUGUGCCCACUUAGAGCCGCUGGAGGCAUUCUCCACGGCCCUGAAAGCAGGGGAAAAACGGGGCAAAGUAUGCCAACCACAAUCCGGCCUAGAUAAG